GUCAGAGAGAAAUAAAUUCCAUACAGUUUGGGGGCACAUUCACUUGUAUUUUGUUGCAUAACGUUCAAAUAAAAAGCCCCAAAAAUGUUGAAGCCCUGUACAGUCUCUGGUUAUUUUAAAUCGGCCAGUCAAGUGGUAAGCAACCAAUUGAACGUUUCUGGUACAGUAGCGGUUUUACCUACAAGAAAACCAGUCCAAAUCCCUUUUCAAGGCAAUUCGGCCCUUUCUCUAUCGAGAGCUUUGCCUAUUAAUGCUAAUGUGUCUGUGUCCAGUGGACCAGCUGUGUCAACUCAAAUAAGGUGGGCACACACUGAUAUCAAUGUACCAAACUUCGACGAUUACCGCAACCCGGCAACAAAAAACCCCAACAAAAAAUCAACUGAUAGUGAAGACUCAAGAAAAAACUUCACUUAUUUGGUAGCCGGAGGCUUGGGAGCCUCUUCAGCUUAUGCUGCCAAAUCCGUAAUCACUCAGUUUGUCAGCUCAAUGAGUGCCUCAGCCGAUGUUUUAGCUUUGGCCAAAAUCGAAAUCAAGCUGGCUGAUAUUCCAGAAGGAAAAUCAGUAACAUUCAAAUGGAGAGGCAAACCUCUAUUUAUCCGUCAUAGGACUCCAGAUGAAAUUUCUACAGAACAAUCUGUUGCUGUUAAUAAUCUCAGAGAUCCCCAACAUGACAAUGAACGUGUCCAAAAUCCAGAAUGGUUGGUUGUUUUGGGUGUUUGCACCCAUUUGGGUUGCGUGCCAAUCGCCAAUUCUGGUGAUUUUGGCGGGUAUUAUUGUCCUUGUCACGGGUCGCAUUAUGAUGCUUCAGGCAGGAUUCGUAAGGGGCCUGCUCCUUUGAACUUGGAAGUCCCAGCUUAUACUUUCCCCACUGAUGAUACUUUACUUGUUGGUUAAAUUAAUUUAUGUUUCACUUUACUGUUUUUAUGUGAUAAAAUAGCUUGAGUAAAGAAAUAAGAACAUUUCUGAAUUGUUUUGUUCAAAAAUAAAACAAGUUAAAAUGUA